AUGAUAGGUCGCUUAGAUGAAAAAUCAAGGUCCCAUUACUUUCCGACCACUCUAGCAGAAUCGUGGACGAAGUCUGAAGGGAUCGAAUCAGAAGGAGAUGCAGUGACAGAAACAAAAAAAUCAAUUUACACAUAUCCCACGAAAUGCAUAGAAGACCAGUACAUGAGCCCGUAUCCAGGCGGAUUUCCACGACCACCAUAUACUCUCGAAGACGAAGCUCCGAAUAUGGAAGUAGAACGCAAAGGCGAAAUUUGCAACAUCGAAGAGCUUUGCAGUGAUUUGAAAGUUAUAGGCAGCGAAUGUAAUUUUGUGGAAGAAAGUCCAUAUCCGGGAGGCUUCCCACGAGCACCAUAUGAUGUUGAUGCAAAAGAACAGGAAACACUGCAAAGAGAUCAAAGAUUGUACGAAGCAUACCCGUUGGAAGCAAAAGUGCGACUGCUCAGAAAACUGUGCGAGGGAUACCUGCACGAAGCAAAAGAAAAUAUGUAG